UUAGUUUUAGCAUUGCAACACAUCAAACAGCGUCGUUUUAGGGGUCCUUCCAGAUCUCGCUAUAUAUUUUCCUCUUUCGGCUUAAACCCAGGAUUUCGUGCUCCUCUUUCAUUCGUAGCAAAAACCCUAGCCUCCUCAAUUUACAUUUGCAAAAAUGACAGGGGAGGCAGUGAACCCAAAAGCAUACCCGCUUGCUGAUGCUCAGCUCACCAUAACAAUACUCGAUCUUGUUCAACAAGCAGCUAACUACAAGCAACUCAAAAAGGGAGCCAAUGAAGCUACUAAAACCCUUAAUAGGGGUAUAUCUGAGUUCAUAGUGAUGGCUGCCGAUACUGAGCCUCUUGAGAUUCUUCUCCAUCUUCCCUUGCUUGCUGAAGAUAAGAAUGUGCCAUAUGUAUUUGUCCCAUCAAAGCAAGCACUUGGCCGAGCAUGUGGUGUCACAAGACCUGUUAUUGCUUGUUCUGUGACAUCAAAUGAGGGAAGCCAAUUGAAGUUACAAAUACAACAGCUCAAAGAUGCCAUUGAAAAGCUCUUGAUAUGAAAUAUUGUGGAAUAUGCGUAUUCGGUGUGAUGGGCCUCUUGGAUUGUUAGUGGCCGCUCCAUUGGAGGCUUGGACUGAUGAAGUUGUAUCACUAGGGACCAAAGCUUUUUACAAUGACCUUUAUUAAGAUUCUUAGUUCUAAGUUUUCUGAUGCAUUACGACCAUAUUAGUAUGAUAUUUUUCCAGAACAUGAGAUAAGUCGUGCUGUGAGCUUAUUAUAUGGGUUGUUUAAUGUGAGUUUAUUGCUUGUUGCUGCCUAAAGAUUAUUGGAAGUUCUUGUCACAAUUGAUUUGAUAAAUGAUAUAAAUUAUUGUGGCCAAA